AAGCAUUUUGAUGACAAGAACCCAUGUUUUUGGACAACCUGGGUUCACCUUCGAAAAUCCAAUUUUGGAGAACCUCUGAAUCAUGGUUUUUGGAGGUUAUCCUUUCGAUUAUGCCCCUUUCCCUAUUACCCCAAUCUCCAUUUACUGGUGCGAUUUGGACGAAGCCAAGUCAGUAAAAUUUCUUUCAUGCUGUUACUGUUGUUGUUGAUUAAUUACUAAUUUUUCCCUGUUUUUUAUUGGAUGUUUUUCCCUGCUUGUUGAAGACAAAUGAUUACUGUGCAACCCCACAACCACUCAAAGAUCAAGUUAGAGAAAGGUACCCUGGUGCCAGACAAGCUUACUUAAAGACCGGUGGUGAUUUUCCAUUCCUUUCACGGCCUGAUGAGGUGAACCUUCAUCUCCAGGUAUCAACGUUGCAUUAACCCUUUUUUU